CACAGAUUUCGGAAUUUGGUCUGAUUUAACAGUUAUCAUUUUUGUUUACCUAGGUUUUUGAAGUAUAUAAUCAGGUUUAAUGCCCUCAUUCGCUAGUGUAACGGUGUAAGUCAUGGUCUGUGAAUAUUUUGUUGAAGCAAGUGGAGAGUGUUUUUAAAAUUGUCCAGAAAUCACAUUCAACACGUUAUAACACCUACAAAGUUCAUUUCAAUUGAAAUUAUAUAAUUAGAGAUUUUGCAGAUUUUUGACAUCAACCUAUCGCAGGUACAUUGGGUUGACAACACUGGUUGCAAAGUCACAUGAUGCCGUAUUAGCCGUAUCAGUCAGCUGCAAAGUUCCAAGGUUGUAGGUCGAAUUCAAAGUAUAAUAUUACUAGCUGUAAUAAUUGAUGACUCCACAAAUCUAUAUCCAAUUUUCUAUUUAUAAAAUGGAAAAUUAUUGUUGGAAGGUUUUUUUUCAUAUGCCCUGAUAAAAUUAAAAGAACAAGUAUACCUAGUCUACAAACAUGGACUUUGUUAUUGGGGGCCUAGCUGCUUGUGGUGCUUCAAUAUUCAGCAACCCCUUUGAUGUUGUAAAAACGCGAAUGCAGCUACAGGGCGAACUUCGUGCAAAAGGUCAACAUGAUAUUUUCUAUAAAAACGUUUUUCACGCUAGCUGGGUGAUUGGUAAAAAUGAAGGGAUUCGAGGUCUUCAGAAAGGUCUCUUACCAGCAAUGGCAAUGCAUUCUAUAAGAAAUUCUAUAAGACUAGGGUCCUAUCAAUGGUUUAAUAAAAAAGGUUAUUUGACCAAUGAGAAGGGGAAAACAAUUUUUUAUAGAAGUGCCAUAGCGAGUGCCUUUUGUGGAGCAGCUGGAGCAUUCAUGGGAAGCCCUUUAUUUUUAGUAAAAACUCAAUUGCAGUCCCAAGCAGCCGACAAUAUAUCAGUAGGCACACAACAUGGCCACAAAGGAGUAUUUGCCGCUUUCAAAACAAUUUAUUCAAAAGAAGGGAUUGCUGGCUUAUGGAGAGGAGCGAAUGCUACCAUGUUGAGGGCAGUGGCAGGUUCAUCUGCUCAGUUAACUUCUUUUGCUAUUUCGAAGGACAUGCUUACAGAAUAUGACUUAUUCAAAAGAAUACCAUUAUUAUCUUCCUUAAUAGGAAGUAUCAUAAGUGGAGUAUUCCAGUGCCUCAUAAUGAACCCUUUUGAUUUAGUUUCAGUACGUCUUUAUAAUCAGGGUGUUGACAAAAGUGGAAAAGGAAUUCUUUACAAGAAUAUACCGGAUGCAUUUAUUAAAAUAGCCAAAACAGAAGGACUGACAGGUUUCUACAAAGGAGUAGGGGCUAAUUAUAUGAGACUUGCUCCUCAUGGAGCACUGUGUUUAGUCUUCUGGGACAUUUUAAGAGACCUGCAAGCAAAAUACCUAGAAUAACAAAAAUAUAAUGGCAAAAGUUACUUUUGAAUAUCUCCAACCUUAAAAGCUUCUCUUGCAAAUAACUGAGAAUUAUUUUCGAACCUGCCAAUUUUUAUACUUUGGAUUAUAAAGUUACAUCUAGAGAAUAUAUUUUUCAAGUCAUGUUAUCAAGAAUAUCUAGUCUAUUCUGAAACACACUGUGAUUAUAUUAUCAAGCAAGUUAA